UGGAUCCUUUGCUCUAUUUUUCUGCAACACCAUUGAUUUCUUCUUGAUUCCCUUCCAUUCUUACCAUUUCUCAUUAUUUUCUUCGCUGUCUCCAGUUUUCACCCACAUUGUGUUCAUGGGUUAGACACAAAACCUUCCCCAUUUCCUUCUCUUCCCUAAAAUUUUGAUUCUCCAUACUUUUUUCUCUCUAAAUCCCUAACCAAUUUCUUGACGCAUACUUUUGCUUGGUUGGUAUUUUCAUCAAAAUUAUAAUUAUGAUUCAUGAAUAUCAAUUAUUUAUUGCUUAAGAGAUCAUGGUUGUAUACAAAAUUUUGUUCUAGGCACAUUUAAAGUGUCCGAUCGUCUAGGCCUCUAAAUAGGCUAACUGAAAGAUGUUUGGGUUCAAGAAAAAAGCAGCAGCAUCAACAGCAACAAGUCCUGCGCAUAAUGAUGCAGAUGCAGGUCUAAAAGGAAGACGAACAUCAUCAGAACCCAUGCUCAUAACCAAAGAACAAGAUAAAAGUUUAGAGGACAAGUCGAUGCAGGAGCUUGAAACUAUUGCUGUCAAUAAGGCUGAAGAGACUACUAAGUCUGUUAAUAACUGCCUUCGCAUUGCUGAGGAUAUUAGGGAGGAUGCUUCCAAGACCCUUGAAACUUUGCAUCAGCAAGGUGAACAGAUUCAUAGAACUCAUCAAAUGGCUGUCAAUAUUGAUCAAGAUUUGACCAAGGGAGAAAAAUUGCUAAAUAGUUUAGGAGGAAUGUUUUCCAAGCCAUGGAAGCCAAAGAAGACAAAAAACAUAACAGGGCCAUUAUCUACACCAGAUGAAGUACCUAAAAAAGCUACAAAAGAACAGAAAGAGAAAUUAAUGGGUAGUCCUGCACCCACAGGAAAGCCUGGUACUAAAACACCACCAUCUGGACAAUCAGCAGCUAUGCAAAAAGUUGAGAUGGAGAAGGAAAAACAAGAUGAUGCUCUUUCAGAUUUGAGUGAUAUUUUGGGUGAUCUCAAGGGUAUGGCUACUGAUAUGGGCUCUGAACUGGACAGGCAAAAUAAAGCUCUUGAUCAUCUUGAUACUGACAUUGACGAAUUGAACUCGAGGGUGAAAGGUGCUAACCAGAGAGCUCGUCAUUUACUUAGCAAAUGAAAUAGACAAACUACUAUAGUUUUCAUGCUACUGUAAUUACACUUAAUUAUGUGUAUUUAAUUUUAUAAUUAGUAGUUUCGUCUUUAGUUUUAGAUGAUGUAUUUUCUUCUAUUCUUUCUAUUUCUUGAAUUCAUUUCUUCGUUUAUGUGAAGUUGCACGUGACGUUUUUGUCAACGG